CCGAUGUAGAGAGAAAGAGCGACAGACAGUCAAGCCAAAGCACCGAAUGAGCGGAGGAGGAUCGACGAUGAUGAUGAAGAGGAAGCACUUGUCCGCCGUCGCCAACGACGUCGUCCAAAGAUGCGCUCUCCAGGGAAGGUGACUGCCACUCUCAGUCCUCCUCGGUCCAUCCCAUCCCUGCACAGGGGGACUGCUCGACGAUCUUGGUGCGCUACUGCAGCUCCGCAAAAAUGGCUCGAAAAUGGUUUUUAUGUGGCAUCUGGUUUUCCAUCGACCAAACACCGGAAACUGCACACGCUGGUUGUAAAAUAAUUUCCUGCAGCAGGAAGGGCGGAUGUAAUGCCGAGCAAUAUUUUGAUAAUCUAUUAACUUCGAUGGAUAUGCCGGAAGGUUUCGAGUACGAUUCAUUCCAGUGAUGUUUAUGAUUACUCUGUUAUCGGACCACAGUGGAUUGAAUUUGUGAAAGCGUAGACUAUGAGGUGGCAGCAUGUCUGAAAAUCCUCGGGUUCUUGCUUACCUCAUCGGGACCAUUCACAUGAACUUUGUAAAGUUAAUAGCACUAGUUUCCUCAAUGUAGUGCGUGCUUGAUCCAGGAAAAUAGGGACCUCAGUGGAGAGACUUGAGGAGGAGUUCGCAGCUGAGUGGAGAGCUGAAUCGAGUGGUUACUCGAGGAAGUUCGUGGAGGUCUGCAGCUCUAAGGCUCUGAGCAAAAUGUGCGAGCGCGUGGGAGAAAAUUUCACUGAUGGAUCGUUCAGUCGGUUGACUUAUGACAUGAUGCUUGCCUGGGAGAUGCCCAGCUCUUCUGAUGAAGAAGCCGCAAUGGAGUGUGUGGGGAAGGAGAAAGAAGAGAAGAAAAGGCUCAUGAAAGUACCGCAGGAGAAUGAUGAAGUUCCUCUCUUCUAUUCCGACCUUAUGCCACUCCUUGUUGAUCACGAGCCUGAUGUUGGGGAGGACGCGUUUGUGUGGUUGGGCUCUUUAUUCCCACUGGUCGCUGAUGUUGUAAAUGGGAGAUUCACAUUCGAGACCCUGACUGCUCCGACAGCAAGCAGGCUCCAUUUUCCGGCAUACGAUAAGUUCUUAAAAGAAAUUGACCAGUGCAUUAAGCAUUUGCAAAAGCAAGAAAAUCCGAAGGCUGUGGAGCUAGCAGAAGAUGAAUUCAUAUUGCACGUUGAAGGCACUGUGAGCUCACAGAGGGUAGUUCGGCAUAUCGGAGGAACAAGUUGGCCUGGCAGGCUCACAUUGACCAAUUACGCGCUCUAUUUCGAGGCAUCUGGAGUGAUAAAUUACGAAGAUGCGGUCAAGAUCGACCUUUCAAAGGACAAAGAAGGCACCGUGAGGCCGGCUGCAACUGGCCCUUGGGGGGCUCCACUUUUCGACAAGGCCAUGGCCUAUGAAUCCCCCGAACUAUCAGAGGGAUUCAUCCUCGAGUUUCCUGAGAUAACGAGCUCCACGAGACGGGACCACUGGCUCGCUCUGACAAAGGAGAUCAUGCUGAUGCACAGAUUCCUGUCCAAGUUUAAGGUAGAGCAUCCCACACAAGUAUGGGAAGUCCAUUCUAGGACGAUUCUUAGCAUCAUAAGGCUCCAUGCUGCGAGAGAAAUGCUCCGAAUCUCGCCCCCUUUGCCCAUGAAGUUCUUGAUCUUCUCCCUGUUCGAUGAGCUCCCAAAAGGUGAUAUCGUGCUUGAGGAGCUUGCAGACAGCUUGAAGAAGGAUGGGGUGAGACAACCCUGCAGCGCAAGCUCGAUUCUGAAGACAGUCAAUAUGUUGGGCUCACUGGACUCUGUGUCGAUUGUAAAGGAAGAGAUCAAGGACUAUGAGGGUACAAGUUCGGGUGGGCCUGAGAGGGAUUACUCUUUGCUGAACACAGCAAUCAAUCAGGUGAGGGAGGAAGCGGAGGAGGUCGAGAUCGCAAAGGCUACAGUUGAAGGGUUGAAGGAUGAAGGGAUCGGCGACAGUGCUAUGGUUCUCAUGGAGCUGCUAAAACCGCUUACAGGUGCACUUCCAUGGCUCCAGGAAACACUAACUUGGGAAAGACCGGUGACUACUCUCGCUGUUCUCUGCAUAACGAUUCUGGUUCUCUAUGAGGAAUGGGUUAACAAGGCAGUUGCGGCUUUCUCACUGUGGCUGGUUGUGAAGAUGCUUCAGGCAAGGAAAAGGAGGAGCCGACAUUGGCAAGACGAGAUUGUGGUCUGUACAGCUUCUGAGCAAAGUACGAUGGAGAGUAUAGUUUCUGCCCAGAAAGGGCUACAGACUGUCCACGCGGUAGUCCAGGCAGCAAACAUUGCACUACUAAAGCUGUGGUCGAUAUUCGUCUCGCUGGCUCCUAAGCAUGCGGAUGCAGUGAUGGUGGCACUGAGUGUAUCAGCGAUGGUAUUGGCAGUGAUUCCCCUCAAAUACAUCCUCAUGGGUGUCACUGUCUAUUCUUUCGCUAUGAACUCAAGGAUGGGGAAGCACAUAGAGAGUGACCGAGGCAACCGGCGGCUCAAGGAGUGGUGGGAUUCGAUACCAGUGGUUCCCGUUCGAGUAGUGGACAAGGCCGAGAACUGUCCAAAGAAGUAGUCUGCCGGUAGUCAGACUAUAAUUACUCACGUCAUAAGGCCGAAAUUGCCGCCAAAGUACUCUGGCUUGGAGAGAUCAUUUCAUAUCUUUUUAUGUCAUUUCUUCGGCAUGUGAUUGUAUAUUAUGGUAGUUUUUCCCUGUAUCAGA